AUGUCUUCAAACGUCGGUCUCAAUACUCCCCGCGGAAGCGGCACCUCAGGGUAUGUCCAGAAGAACUGGGCCUUCAUGAAGCCGCGCAACGCAGGUUACGGCGCGCCGUAUCCACCCGUUGGAGCGAACAGCGACGCAGGACGGCCCUUCAAGCAGCGGCUGCCUGACAAGCAGAUUCUCGAGCAUGAUCGGCGGCGGGCUAUCGAGGUGAAGGUCAUGGAGGAGAGGGAACGGCUGGAGGAGGAGAACGAGCGGAUUGAGGAGGAGAUGGCGGAGCGGAAGAAGAAGGGGGAUAAGGAAGACGGGGAGGAGCCGGAGGGGAAGGUUCUGUCGGAUGAGGAGAUUGAGGGGCGAUGUGAUGCUUUAAGGGAGAGGUUGGUGAAGGAGAUGGAGGAGGAAGAGGAGAGGAGGGGUAAGGAGGGGGAGCGGAAGGGUGGUCGGUCUGCGCGGGAUUUGCCGCCGAGGGAUAGAAGGCAGCUUAAGUCGUACCAGGUUCAUGAGCUUGCUGAGGCGAAGAUUGAGGAGAGUGAGCGGUUACGGAAGGCGCUGGGGAUCAAGGAGGAUAAGGAGACGGGGGAGAUUUCGAGUGGACGUCGGGAUUGGGAGGAGAAGAAGCGGGAGAGGGAGCGGGAUCGUCCUUGA